GUGCUGGGUCUGGCGCGCUGUCAGAGGACGCGCGCGGGUAGGGGGCGUUCUCAGUGUCUGUGGCUGCCGAGCCGGCGGCGGCGCAGAGUUAACCCGGCCCGGAGCGUGCGUUGCAGACCAGGACCUUGUCCAGCUGAGCUCUCCGCGGUCCGUCCGGCCUCGGUCCUCCCGCGUCAGGGCCGCGGAACGGUGCAGACUCUCUCCGCAUUCCUGUGCCCAGGCUCGGAGGCCGCGUCCCUACGAGCGACUCAGCCUUGUACCCUCCUCCCUGGGGCGCGUGGUCCUUCCGGGGUGGGCUCGGGGGGCGGCAGCAGGGAGACCGUCAAGGUUCGGUCCUGCCUCCGGCAGCCUGCAUGAAACAGCGCGGAAUGGCCUCCGGGAUCCGGACAGCUUCGUGUUGGGGAUUAUUGUCAUUCAAGGAUAUAUCGAUGGACUUCACCUGGGAAGAAUGGCAGUUGCUGGAUUCUGCGCAGAAGUACCUGUACAGGGAUGUGAUACUGGAAAACUAUCGCAACUUGGUAUCUGUGGGGUAUCAUGGCACCAAACCUGACUUAGUCUUCAAGUUGGAGCAAGGAGACGAGCCGUGGAUAAUAAAUGCCAAAGUUUCUCGUCGGAGAUGUCCAGAAGCUUGGAAAGAAUGGUACCAGAAAAAUCAAGAUGCGCUUGAAAGUGUUGAGAGAAACUCUGCUUGUAAUGCAUUUGUUAAACUUCAUCUGAACAAAACACAUAUUUCUUCAAGACAAAGGCUCCAGAAGUAUAAUACACAUGGAAAAAGUUUGACACAAAACUCAGGUUUAACCAGAAGCUAUCUAAGAAAGAAUGCUGAUAAGUUACGUGGAUAUGAACAAUCAUAUUUUCUUAAGCAUCAAAGAGCUCAUAGUAUAGAAAAAAACUGUAUCUGUGGUGAAUGCGGAAAAGCUUUUCGUUGCAAAUCACAGCUCAUUGUACAUCUCAGAAUUCAUACAGGAGAGAGACCUUACGAAUGCACUAAGUGUGAGAGAGCCUUCAGCGCCAAGUCAAACCUGAAUGCUCACCAGAGAGUUCACACAGGAGAGAAGCCCUACUCGUGCAGUGAGUGUGGGAAAGUCUUCUCUUUCAGGUCACAGCUCAUUGUCCACCAGGAAGUUCACACAGGAGGGAAACCUUAUGGUUGCGGUGAAUGUGGGAAAGCCUACAGCUGGAAAUCCCAGCUCAUUUUACACCAGAGAAGUCAUACGGGAGUGAAGCCCUAUGAAUGCAGCGAAUGUGGGAAAGCCUUUAGUUUGAAGUCACCGUUCAUUGUACACCAGAGAACUCACACGGGAGUGAAACCCCAUAAAUGCAACGAAUGUGGGAAAGCCUUUAGGAGUAAAUCAUACCUGCUCGUUCACAUAAGAAUGCACACGGGAGAGAAGCCCUAUCAAUGCAGCGAUUGUGGGAAAGCCUUCAACAUGAAGACACAGCUUGUUGUCCAUCAGGGAACUCACACAGGAAAUAACCCUUAUCAGUGCAGUGAAUGUGGGAAGGCCUUCGGUCGGAAGGAACAGCUCACUGCCCACCUGAGAGCUCACGCAGGAGAGAAGCCCUACGGGUGCAGUGAAUGCGGAAAGGCGUUCAGCAGCAAAUCAUACCUUGUCAUACACAGGAGAACGCACACCGGGGAGAGGCCCUAUGAAUGUAGUUUCUGUGAGAGAGCCUUUUGUGGGAAGUCACAGCUCAUCAUACAUCAGAGAACUCACUCGACAGAGAAGCCCUAUGAGUGCAGUGAAUGUGAGAAAGCCUAUCCUCGGAAGGCGUCGCUUCAGAUCCACCAGAAGACUCACUCAGGAGAAAAGCCAUUCAAAUGCAGUGAGUGCGGUAAAGCCUUCACCCAGAAGUCAUCUCUUAGUGAACAUCAGAGAGUCCAUACAGGAGAGAAACCAUGGAAAUGUUCUGAAUGUGGGAAAUCCUUCUGUUGGAAUUCAGGGCUCCGCAUACAUAGAAAAACUCACAAGUGAAAUUAGAAUGAAGUAGAUAUUAGAGGCACUCUAAAAAAAUGUACUCCUUAGGAGACUUCGGGUGAUAAUAUAGACAGGCUAUAUAAGCAGGAAGUUCUAAAAAUAUACAUAUAAGUAAUAUAGGAGAGAAACCAAUCAUAUUUGGAAUGAGUGUGCAAAACCUUUUAGAAAUGUCACAUACAAGCUUUAUAGAUAAGAAUAAUGGAAGGAAUUGAGCAGUAACUGUAUCAAAUGUAGUGGCAUCAUGACGCUUUAAUUUGGACAAUUCUGAAAACACUAUAAACUCAAUAAAUUGGGAAAGCUUUUUCCCAUAGAAAGUGUGUUAUGUGGAGGGUCAGAUUCCAGAUUUGAAGCUACGUUUUAGAGGGAAGGAAAUAAUUAUAAACUUAAGACUUUUUCAUAAUGAAAUAUAAAGUUUUUUAUUUUAAUAUGUAAAUAAAGUGUCAGGGAAACAGAAGUAACAUAUUCUGCAGGUUAUGGGAUAUUUAGUGUGACUUUCCUGAGCAACACUGAAUAGCAUUUUUAAAAAUUUUGGUAUUUUAUUUUUUAAUGUAAUUUGUUAU